UGGCACAGCUUUAAUAAAAAAUGUUAGGUCAAAAUACGAAAUUUUGAACCUUCGUCUCGUUCAGAAAAUAAGUAUUUCCCUUUUUUAACAGUGAAAUAAACAAUAUUCUGAAAAACUGGUUGUGCCAUUCGAUAGAGCUCAUCGAGUUCUAUCUGGCACACUUAUUUCUAGAGAUGGCACAGCUUUAAUAAAAAAUGUUAGGUCAAAAUAGAGAAAUCUGCUGCUAACUUCCCUUACGUACUAAAUUUCAUGUUCUUUGUGUUAGUUUAGCAAAAUAAAACGGUGAAUGAAUAUUUCCUGAGUACUCACUGAGUGACAAUACUCAAAAACUGUUAGUAGUACUAAUAUGAGUACUCAUGGACGAAUUAUGAGUAAAGUCGUACUCAUCAUAUGAGUACUUUCAUUAGGGUUGAUUCCUCUAAAUGUGCCGUGUUGUGCUUUGCUUCAGUUCUUUCCCUGUCUCACUCAACGAAAUUGAUCGGAAAGCGACAUGAUGAAAUUGCGUCGCUUUAAAAAGUUUAAGAAACACACGUAGCCACUUCUACAGCGAAGACAGCGCGAUCAUUUUCGCAGUUAUAGAUGACGUUGCGAGUGAUUAAAUACUUCCUAGCGCAUUAACAAAGCAUAAGUACAAUCGUUCAUUGAAAUAUAUUUUUUUUUAUUUCUUCAGAUUUAUUACGAUAAACUUGCUGAACUAACUUUGGGAGUCCUCACGCAACUUUGGAAUGGCACUGCAUAGCCAACCAACACUUCUGAACAGUAUAGCGUUCCAUUUACGAUUUCAUUGCAGGAGAAACAAACAAAAUACCUCCGAUUCGGUCGGUUCCUUGACUUUUGUGAUGCUUUUUUGCUGGUGCUGAUCAAGUGAAAUGCGCUGUGCAAGUCCGUGCCCGAAAUUACUUUCAUAUCAGCACACUGUAGUUCGUAGAAACUUACAAAAUAAGAAACUGCCCAUGUGCUGAAAAUCGCUUCAUUUUUGUCGAUUAAUCGCGAUGGUUGAAAAAAUCGACGCUCAAUCGCGAUUCGGGAAAAAACGGUCAUUUAAUCGCGAUUAAGUGAUAAUUUUUUCGUGCAUCGCGAUUAAUCACGAAAAUCAUCAAUUAAUUGCGAUUAAUUGUUGAUUUUAAGUGAUUAAAUGGUUGUUGUUAUUCACCGUUUUCUUUUGCAAUAAAGUUUGUAUAUAAGAAACACGAUUUCAGCGAAAAAUACACUUAUAUUCAGAUCAUCUUUUUAUUUUAGAACACAACGGAGUUGUCAAGAGUCUUCUCUAUUGUUCCUCAGAGCUUUAAACCGAGAAGCUGGUAUGUGAGCACUGUUUAAAGCUGACUCUUCGGCAAGACUCCGACGCCAGCUGGAGCUAAGACCAUUGCUGUGUGACGCACAUAUCAUUAUACGUAAUAAACAAUGAAAAAACAGAAAAAAAUAUAUAUUUCCUAAGAUGGGUUCGAACCUAGUACCUAGAAAAAAAUCGUCAAUUAAUUGCGAUUAAGCGCACGAUUAAUUGCUGAUUUUUAGUACAUGGGUGCAGUCUUUAUUUUUUCAUGAAGACGCGGUAGCUCAAAUUCGUCGCAACUCGGAAAAGCCGUUAUCAUUUUGGUGCAUUUAGGUCUCUAUUAACAUCUCUUCGUAACAUUUGGCAUCAGCUCCAUCUAACCAAUUAUUGAACGUAAAUGAGCAUUAUUUGACAGAAAGAAGAAAAGAUAUUUGAAAUUAAUAUUUGAUUUUUCAGUUUUUCCCCAACUUAUACAGUAAAACCGAGUGUUACUGAAGGUCUACUAGUUAAAAUAACUUACUGAACAAUUGAAAGACUUCUGAUUAUUCACGGUUUGCAUUUCUAAUGUGAACUUAGUUUUAUUUUUAUUUGUACAUAUAAGUAUGGUCCGUGUUAUUCAUUUCUGUGUAUUGCUUUGUGAUUUAUAGAUUUACUCAAAAUAAAAAACAAUGCCUUCUAAGCGGAAAUUUAUCGACAAGAAAAAAGCUGUCACAUUUCAACUUGUUCAUCGUAGUCAACAUGAUCCUCUCAUCUCCGAUGAUACGGCUGGCGAACAUGUGCUCGUACCAUUGAGUGGGGAUAAAACUAUUCAAAGAAAAGUUGAACAAAAAAAAUUUGGAAUUGACUUUGAUGAUGAAUAUGAUUAUAUGCAACAUUUACGAGAUCCUUGCGCGCCACCUGAACGAUAUGCAGUUGAAAUUGAUCAUACAGCCGACAAUCAAGACGACACGGAAUCAAUCAAAGCAUCUGUUCACGACGAAGCUGUUUCAAAAUUGAAUUUACCAUCAACUGUGUUUGAAAGUGAAGUUGAAAAUGAUAUUGGAAUGUUGAAUUUAGCUGCACCUGAUUCGGGUCCAAAAGUUCACUGGGAUCCGGAUAUCAUUGCUGCUUUAGACGAUGAGACAUUUGAUUAUGAAAUUGACGAAAAUGCGUUGGACGAUGAUUUUAUGAUGCAAGCAAAUUGUAUUGAACCAUUAGCAGAAGAAGAUUAUGAAGAAUUUGAAGAUGAAAUUCCCGAUGCACUUGAUACAAACCCGUUCCAUAUGGUACCAAAAUUUAUUCCCAAAACCAAUAAACCGAUUCCAUUAGCUUUGAGACGAUUUUUAGAUGUUGAGGAUGGAGAAGAGGAAGAUGGUACAACAAAAAUGAAACGAAAACAUAAGAACAGUGAAGAAGAUGGAGGCUCGACUUGUAGUGACGAUCAGAAAACAUCUCAAACAAAAUAUACAAAUUAUUCAAUGACAUCAUCUGUUAUCAGACGAAAUAACGGAUUACAACUAAUCGACGAACAAUUUGAUAAGAUAUUUGAUGAGUACGGUGAUGAUGAUAUCGGACCAUUGGAUGCAGAAAGUAUUGGUGAAGAUGGCAUUGAGCAAAAUGAUGAUUUAGUUAAACAAACAGUUAGGCAAUUUGAAGAUGAACAAGAAAAAUCUGAUGCUCAAAUAGAAAAAAUUGCCAUAGAAAAAACAAAAAAAUUAUUAUCAAAACUUGAGCAAGAGCAAGAUCAACCGAAUGAAAAAGAUGAAAUUUUUCUUGUCGACAAUAAUUUUGAUAAAGAUAAAGAAAAAUGGGAUUGUGAAACAAUUUUGAGUACAUAUUCGAAUUUAUACAAUCAUCCACGUUUAAUUCAACAAAUACCAAAUAGAAAACAAAAAAUUCGACUAUCACAAAAAACUGGACUGCCAUUGAUAGAAAAAGAUGAACAACAAAGUAAUAGUGAAAGUGACGAAUCAGAAGAUGACGAUCAAGAGUCCGCGAUGUCAAAAGUAUCAGAUUUAAGCUCGAUAUAUCAACGCAAAAAGAAUGAAACAAGCGAAGAGCGAAGGGCUAGAAAACAAGCAGUCAAAGAUAUUAGAAGAGAUCGUCGUCAAAUUAAAAAAGCGACAAAACUUGUAUUUAAACAAGAAGAACAAAAACAACUUCAACAGUUACAGACCACACAACAACAUUUACAAAGUUUGAGAGUCACUUAA